AUGCUACCUCUUCUUUCUUACGCACUGCCUGAAAAUAUAUUGCAUGCAAAGGUGAUGCCGCCUGGUACUGCAGAGCAUCUAUUACAAAUAUUCAGAGAACCUGAUGAACCCGACAAUGAGUUUCUUGAUGAAGUUGAUGUCGAUAGUAUCGCUGAUCAAUUACAGAGAUCACAUAUAAGUAAGAGCCAAAGUAAGAGCCAAAGUAAGAGCCAAAGUAAGAGCCACAAAGAGAGCCAAAGUAAGAGCCACAAAGAGAGCCACAAAGAGAGUCGCAAAGAGAGUCGCAAAGAGAGCCACAAAGAGAGCUCAAAGAAAAGCGAAAGAGCUAUUUCUGUUGGUAGUGCUUCUUCUUAUCGAACUACUCCAUCGAGUGGUCGAAAUUGGACUGUCAAAGUGGCCAAUAAAAUCUCAGAUCUCAGCGUAUCAGAGUUUGAGCAAUUUGAGAAAGUUAGCGUCCUAGGAAAAGGUGCCUUUGGACAGGUUUAUAAGGUUAUUCAUAUACCAUCAGGUCGAGUUUUCGCCAUGAAGACAAUCGGCUUCAUAUCUAGUGACGAAGACGUGGACACGAUCCUCAAGGAGAUUCUUAUUAUGAAAAAUCUUGAUCAUCCUAACGUGAUUCAUCUUUAUCAUUAUCAUUUGGAUCACAAAGAAUUGAAUCUUAUCAUUGAAUAUUGUUCAGGAGGUUCUUUGCGUAAACUUGUGAGAAAUAAAGGAGGCCUGAGCGAACUACAAGUAGUCCAAUAUACUCGGCAGAUUCUUGAAGGUUUAAGUUAUCUUCAUUCGAAUGGAAUCGUUCAUAGAGAUAUCAAAGCUGCCAAUAUCUUGGUGGAUAAUGGUACCAUCAGGCUUAUUGAUUUUGGUGUCAGUCUUAAUCUGAACGAGGACGAUGAGGAAACUAAGAAAGAGCCCAAUGGUUCUGUUUAUUGGAUGGCUCCAGAGGUAAUAAAGCUGAGGGGGGCAUCGAUGUCGUCUGAUAUUUGGAGUUUGGGAGCUACCGUAAUCGAGUUACUUACAGGCGAGCCACCAUUUUCUCAAUACGAUCCAUUACCUGCUUGUCACGCCAUAGGAGUCGGAGAGCCAAUCGAAUAUCCCGAUUUCAUAUCUUCUAACUGUCGAUCCUUUUUGGAAAACAGCUGUCUUGUUGAGAAACCAGAUAUGCGACUUACAGCUGAGGAGUUGAAAAGCCAUCCCUGGAUACUAAACAAUGAAUCUUCAACCCAUUCUAGAAACCAUAAACUUGAUAAAUAUAAGGAAGAUUUAGAAGAUUUUGAAGACUACGAAGAUGAAUUUGAUACUGCUACUCUCGAUUACUUGAAAACAGCUAAGGAGCGGAAAGUGAAAAUGUACAGAGAGACUUCUGGCAAUUUUGCCGAUGGAUUUGACUUAGCUGGUACUGAUGAUACAGUAUUCACUGGUAACAGUCGUAUGUUCAAUUCUUCGAAAACACAGUUGAAUAUAGCCGACAGGUUGGCAGAGUCCAACCUUGAGGACCUACGGCGGGUUCAGAAUUUUGACGAUCCAUUGCUCGUCAGCAAGCUAGUGGAGGGUAACUUUGUCAUUAAUUUUGUGUUUUCUCUUAAUGAAAGAAAAUGUCCCGAUGCUGUGAAGUUGGAGAUGAUUAGGAUAGCUACUAACUUAUUUGAGAAACAUCCUGCCAGUCUUGACGAGUUUUGCUAUAGUGGAUGCAUUCCAUUGCUGCUAAAACUGUAUACAGAGGAUUCGCAAUUGGUAUAUCAACUGGUGAGAUUACUUGGUAACUCCAAGACUGGUAUUCAAAGUUUAGUAUCAUGCGGAGGUCAUCAGUUUGUGGUGGAAUUACUAAAAUCGGAGCAUGCAGAUCAACAGAUGCUUGCUGCUCAUUUAAUAUUUGAGAUGUUUCGACAUGAGAAAACACGCAAGGACCAGCUUGCAGCAGCCCUGAUAGCCAACUCUGCACCACAAAUGCUUUCCUCUAUAUUAGCAAGCUUUGUUAGUAAUCGCAACGAACAGGCGACCAAUGAUAUUAUUAGUGAUACGAACUAUAUCUACGAGUACUCUUCGCCUACUUAUCGUAAGAUGUUUCUAAAUCUUCGCUUCUACAGGAACAUAUUCCGUACUUUCCACGGUCUCCCAAUGACGUCUCGAUUCAAAGUUAUCAGACUGCUAGUUAAUGAUGAUAAUUACCGAACGAUUAUUGGUUCCUUAGACGGAAUCCCAACCAUUAUUCAAUCGCUAGUUCAUGAUCUCAUUACCAACGACAACGAAAGCUUCGGCCCAUACAGUCUCUUGGUGAGGUAUGGAAUAGAGUUUAUUGAUACAGCCUGCACAUUGAAGAAAGAAAACCAGAACGAUUUGCUUGAUUUUGGAGGUAUUCAGUUCUUCUAUCACCUAAUUUACAUCCUUUCUCAAAGGAAGAGUGGGAAUUUGUCCUUGAGAGAUCGAGUGGUGAGGCUUUUCUUUAAAGUCCAGAAAGAAACUACCACUAAUCGACUUGUGGUGAAGACCCUAUGGCUUCUUGUGGAUGAUCGAGAAUGGGGGAAUAUAGCGUUGAAGAAGAUCAUCGAUGCGCAGAAUGAUCUUGGGAGUCACGAAUUCAUAAGAGCGGUCUCUCAGAAGGAUAAUCUCAACAGAAUUAUUAAGGCUUUUAAGCAUACCAACAGAUACGACGAAUUAUUAGAACUUGUCGAAAAGAUAGUGGAGAUAGAGCUACCGGAAAGACCGGAUUCUCUGGUUGUGGAAGCACUAGCCCAAUCGGAAACCGUGAUAGAUUCACUCUAUCGCAACUUGGUGUCUGAUCGGUACGAUAGGAAGCCCAUUUUGAACUUUCUGUAUAUGCUAUGCGAAAAUAACAGACCCCUCAGCAGCCUAUUAGUUGAACUUAAGGGGAAGCUCACAGAUUUAGGAAACGCACUGAGAUCUUCCCAUAGAAAUAUUGAUAAUGUCGAACUUCUCGAUGAUAUUCUUCAUAUAAUAAGAUCCGAGACAUUACUCAUCCUGGAAAACUUCGAGUUCGACGUCGUUGCAUGUCUUUGUAAGCAUCUCGAUAGAAAGGAUUUGCUCUCAUUGGUUCAGGCUUAUCCCAAAUACAAGCGUGUGAUCAAUGGCGUCCUAUUUUCCCGAAUUCGUCUUUCGUUAUCAGAGAAAGAUGACUCGCUCGAUUACUGCUCCAAAUAUUUUGAUACAUCUUCAAUCUAUCAUCCUUAUAGAGAAUCAGUUGUCAGUAACGGGAGAAGUUUCUUACUUCUUGCUUACUCUCUACUGAAUAACCCUGAGUUGGGUGGACUGGUCAAGAGGAUUCAAAUCGAUCCAGCUUUCCUGUCUCGCCGUGAUGUUUGGAGCGCCAAAUUGGCCCUGUUCAUUAGCGACGAGGAGGUAAACUACAUUUUGUCAACGAUGGGAUUUGACUGCCGCAGGCUCUCUGUCCUUGAUGGAGUGAUAUUAAUGUCCGCUAAGUUGACCGGGUUAAAAGUUCUGACUGCAUCUGAGAUGGAUUGGGGACACAUCGUACAGAUCCUUCCUAACUUUGACCAAUUGGAGGAACUUUCACUCAAAGUUCGCACUAAAGAUGAUACUGGGAUCACCAUUGGAAAUACUUCUCUCAAGAAACUAACUAAACUUAAGGUCUGCUAUGAAGCAUACUCUGAAAAUCAGCUCAGAUCUCUUAGUCAAGAACUUGAGAAACAAGAAGUUUUACAACAGCUAGACACUUUUGAACUCUGUUUAUCGGGCACCAAUUUUGAUAGGAAAGCACCAAUCUCGUGGCUUUCAUUUUUUGAUUGUUUGCCUGACAACAUGGUGUUCAAGAAUUUGAAAUCUUUUAAACUCAAGAACUGUCAAUUUGAUGAAAGGCAGGUCGAGAUCAUUGAUCUGUUAAAGAAAUUGAUACCAUGGAGAAACCUUGAAACUCUUUACUUGCAGGUGCAUGAAUAUUCUCACAAAUAUAACAGACAUAUCUCGGAUGAUGGCCAUACAGUAUUGGAUCUUUUGACUCCGCAGUUCUACAAGCUUAGCUCUUUAACUGUCAAAGAAACAAAAAACUGCUGCUUCUGUCAAUAUAACAGUCUAGUCAGAAUGCUGGAAGCUUUUAGACGGCUCCAGUUUUUAUCAAUCUCUGGUGAUCUCAAAAACAGAAGGAAUUAUUUGGGUAUGUUAAAGGUUAUUGCUGAUUAUAAGGGCUUAAAGAAGAUUUGUCUUUUUGAUAGGUUUGUUAGCUCGAAAUUGGAGAACAAUCUUCAGAAUUGGUUUGUUUUCCAGAAUCUCUGCAAGUUCAACACUUUUAGGAACUACCGGGUGGAGCAUGUAAUUCAGGACACCCAGGGAGAAUGCUUUGAUUGCUACUUGUCUUUGAGCUUCUCUGAGUUUAACGAAUCGCAAGCAAGUCUCCUUCUUCUUUUCUGGAAAACAUUCAUGGUUGACUUCAAGUUGGACACACUUUUCAAGCGUUCGACGACACCAUUACAAUUAAAGCUAUUUGGAUACAAUUUUAAAGUGAUUCCGAGGAAAAAGCUUGUUACGCUUUACAUCAGCAAUCGUGCGACAUAUAAGCCUUUGAUGUACUACUAA